UUGCUUGUUUCCUCAGGCGGAAACGGACGGUUCGCUGAAGGAGCAAAUCAAAAUGGCGAGCCAAGAAGAGUCUGUGAGGGAGUUCGUUGCUGUUACCGGUGUGGAAGAGGAGAGGGCCCGGUUCUUUCUGGAGUCCGCCGGCUGGAACCUGCAGCUUGCACUUGCCAGUUUCUUUGAGGAUGGAGCCGAUGAUGACAUCAUUACUCUUCCUCAGCCCGAGGGAGGCUCUUCUGUGUCUCGGUCCACAGGCCCCAGUAGUCAGCCCAGAGUGACCUCCUUCAGAGAUCUGAUGCACGAGGCAGAGGAUGAAAGUGAUGAAGAGGAAGGCCAAAGGUUUUUCGCGGGAGGGUCAGAACGCAGUGGACAACAGAUUGUUGGACCGCCAAAGAAAAAGAGCUCCAACGAGGUGGUGGAGGAUCUGUUCAAAGGGGCCAGAGAGCACGGAGCUGUGCCUUUGGACCGCAGCGGGAAAGGACCGGGAGAAUCCAGCAGAGCGAGGGCUUUUGUUGGGGGCGGUUACAGACUGGGAGCAGCUCCUGAGGAGGAGUCGGCCUACGUAGCAGGAGAGAGACGCGCCUCCAACAGUCAGCAAGAUGUCCACGUGGUUCUGAAGCUCUGGAAGACCGGGUUCAGUCUGGAUAACGGCGAGCUCAGGAACUACAGCGAUCCGGAGAACGCAAACUUCCUGGAGGCAAUCAGAAGGGGGGAGAUUCCUCUGGAGUUGAGGCAGCGUUCCCGAGGAGGCCAGGUCAACCUGGACAUGGAGGACCAUAGAGACGAGGACUUUGUCAAACCCAAGAUGGCUUUCAAGGCCUUUGAAGGUGAAGGCCAGAAAUUAGGAAGUGCCACCCCGGAGCUGACUGCAGCUCCAGACGUCUCCCAGCAGGACCGGGCUGCUAAUGAGGCUCAAGCCAGCGCCUCGGUGACCCUCGACCCCUCUCAACCCACCACUAACAUCCAGAUCCGACUGGCCGACGGCGGCAGGCUGGUACAGAAGUUCAACCACACCCACAGGGUCUCGGACCUGAGGCACUUCGUGGUGGCGGCCCGGCCCGCCAUGGCCGCACGCGAGUUCGUCCUCAUGACCACCUUCCCCAACAAGGAGCUGUCUGAUGAGAGCCAGACGCUGCAGCAGGCCAACCUCCUGAACGCCGUCAUCGUCCAGCGGCUAAACUGAGGCUGGGCGCGCCCCCCUCCCCGAGGGAGGAGAACACGGACACACAUGUGGACUUCUAGUUUCUGAUUUUUUGUUUUUCUAAAAUAAAAUGUUUAAUUCAGCUUCCCAGCUUAGCCCUCCGCCUGUCCUCUGAGGACUCAUGAGGACAGAAACAGUCCUGGUUUCCAUCACUGGUUUUGGUGGAGAAAAACCACAGUCCACCUCUCAAAGACAGGUUUCCUCCUCACUCGUUUCCACUUUUAUUUUAAUCUUUGCUAAUCUUAAUCUGGCCCUUGAACAACGUUUACAGUCGGGAGCUUCUGCAGACCCUCCCACCAGCAGAUUUCCUCCGAACGACACAAACCACACAGACGGUGAGUCGUAUCGAUGCCGUGGUUUUGUUUCCACAUCUAGUCGUCUGUAAGGAUGUAACUUGCUCCUGAACAGCUGACGCCUCCAGCCUUACUCCCCUCCAGAAACACACCUGUCUCUUUGUCUAAAAGCAGAUGGAUUUAUUUUUUUAGACCGUCCCCGGCCCCUUGUUUGCUUUCUCCUGCAGAUGGUUGAUUUUUCCCACUUACUCAACAGCAUUUUGAUGCAGACUGGUGUGAAACCGACAAUUCAGCUUUAUCAUCAAACUGCUGAGCCGAAGAGCAUCAUCAUAAACACUUAGUAGAUGUUAAAUUCCUCUAACACUGACAUCUAUGCAUCCUGGGGCAAAACACAAGUAUGUUGGCACCUCUGAUUAAAAUAAACUCAUUUUAUGGUUGAUGUAUAAAGAA